UCAUAUAUGUCAAUGUACGUCAAUUUCAAUCCGGUUUUUGGUGCUAAUAACAACAAAUAUUGCAAGUACCAAUUAGGGGUAGAAAUAUUGCAGUAACAACAAAAAAGAAAAUCAAAUAUUCACUUAUGUUUUAAUUUUAAAAUGGAUCAAGAAAAUUCUGUAAUUUACGGAUUAGAGUUCCAAGCAAGGGUAUUGACUCCCCAGUGGGCUGAAACUGAAAAGAUUAGAUUCUUCAUUGGCACGCAAUCAUUGAAGCAAGCCAAGAAUCAAGUACACCUAGUAGAAUUUGAUGAGGAAAACUCCACAUUGAAAAAUUUAGUCUACUAUCAUUCCUUUGGGGAAAUCUGGAAGUUAAACUCCAGUCCAAUACAUGCCAAUUUACUGUCCAGCUGCUACAAUGCUGUUGACAAUGAAAAUAUCACCUGCACUAAGCAGACAUCAAUAUUGAAAGUUCCAGAAGCGGGUGAUGUUGAUCAGAUUGAAUCGUUGGAGGUGCAGAAUAAUUUUCAAAUAGCUGAUGGGGAGGAUAUUAUCACCAAUGAAUUUCAUCCGAGUGAUGAGAACAAGUGUAUAACAGUCAUGGGAAAUCAGGUGGACUUGUGGGAUAUAUCUGAAAUGAAUGCUAAAAAUGUACUGUCCAUGAAUAUGGAGAAUAAAAGUAACUCGAAAUAUAUAGCAGGGAAAUGGAAUCCUCACCAAAAUUGUAAUCAAUUCACCACAGCAACUGAGACUCAUUUGAAAACUUAUGACAUUCGAUCAGGACAAUUGGCUUGGCACAUUGAUAGCUGCCAUGCCCAGCUUUUGAGAGAUUUGGAUUUUAAUUUGAACAAGCAAUACCAUCUAGCUACGUGCGGCGAUGAUGGAUGCAUCAAGAUUUGGGAUUUCAGACAAACGAAUCAGCCAGUGUAUUCCAGAAGCGAUCAUUCCCAUUGGGUUUGGUGCGUGAGGUUCAAUCCAUUCCAUGAUCAACUUCUGUUGUCUGCUAGCUCGGAUGCGAGGGUGUUAAUCUCGUGUGCAGCGAGUGUUAGUUCAGAAAUUGCAAAUGAUACUAACAUCUCGGAUUACAGCGCCGACUUAACCGAAUCGAAGCAAGUACUGCAGGAUGGUCCCUUGCAAUGGUCUGAACAUGAAGAUAGCGUGUAUUGCGCAGAAUGGUCACAUGCAGAACCAUGGGUCUUUGCGUCGUUGUCUUACGACGGAAGAUUGUUGAUUUCCAGAGUAAAAAAAUCAUUGAAAUAUCAAAUUAUGCUUUAAAUUAACUCGAAAUUCGUAUACAAUGUAAUUAAGUCUAAUCGAAACAUCUGAGAAUAAACGUGUUA